GUGGUCUACCAUGAGCGUCACAUCCAGCAGUUCUGGGAGCGUCACCGGUCUCUGUUCCCUGACGCCGUCCUGGUUGGACCUGAGGAGAACCUGCAGGAGGACAAGGCCAGAACCAUGGCCAUAGAGGCGUGUAAGAAGAACCCAGAGUGUGAUUAUUACUUCAGCAUGGACUCAGACGUGGCUCUGAUAAACCCGGACACCCUGAGGAUCCUGAUGGAGGAGAACAAGUCUGUCAUCGCCCCCAUGCUGUCCAAACACGGGAAGCUCUGGAGCAACUUCUGGGGGGCUCUGAGUCCUGAAGGGUUCUACUCCAGGUCUGAGGACUACAUCGAGAUCGUUCAGGGGAAGAGGAUGGGAUCUUCAUGUUUGUCUCCAACCGUGAUGAGUUUGGUCGUCUCGUGACAUCCUCUAACUUCAACACGUCCCGGCUGCACCCGGACAUGUGGCAGAUCUUUGACAACCCUGUGGACUGGAGGGAGAAGUACGUCCACGAGAACUACUCUAAAAUCUUUGAAGAUGGGACUAACAUCGUGGAGCAGCCCUGUCCAGAUGUCUACUGGUUCCCAGCUUUCUCUGAUAAGAUGUGUGACCARCUGGUGGAGACUAUGGAGGACUUAGGCACGUGGUCUGGAGGAAACCACAAGGACGAGCGUCUUGCUGGUGGAUACGAGAACGUCCCUACUGUGGACAUCCACAUGAACCAGAUCGGCUUUGAAAAGGAGUGGCUGAAGUUCCUCAAGGACUACCUGGUYCCCGUCACUGAGAAACUCUACCCCGGGUACUACCCAAAGGCUCAGGCCAUCAUGAACUUUGUGGUCCGGUACCGGCCUGACGAGCAACCGUUCCUACGGCCACACCACGACUCGUCCACCUUCACCAUCAACAUCGCCCUGAACAGCAAGAACAUUGACUAUGAGGGUGGGGGCUGCAGGUUCCUGCGUUACGACUGUAAGGUGGAGUCUCCCAGGAAAGGCUGGUCCUUCAUGCACCCGGGUCGCCUGACCCACUACCAUGAGGGUCUACCCACCACCAAAGGGACCCGAUACAUCAUGGUGUCCUUUGUGGACCCUUGAAUGCCUCGUGUGUGUGUGUGUGUGUGUGUGUGUGUGUGUGCACGCGCGGGUAAGAGAUAAACCUGAAUGCAUCGUCUCAGAACAGGUCAUUUCAGUGAUGUCAAAGUACUUCCUGAACUCAUCAUUGUUGGUUUUUCAAAAUAAGAGUCACUUUAUUUAUCUUAGAGUCAGAACUUUGAACGAGCAUCAAACAAAAACACGUCAGAAUUAUUGUUCUAGAAGCAUCACUGCUGUUCAUUUCAAAAUAAGAGCCUAAUUUAAAUGUUCCAAUCACAGAGCUGCCUUAGUGUCACACUAACUGAGUCUAUGGUGUGUGUGUGUGUGUGUGUGUGUGUGUGUGUGUGUGUGUGUGUGGUACACUCCUCUGAACCCUACAGACGAUGGUUCAGGACUGGACCACUCCUGCAGGAUGCGGUCCUGCUCUGAUGUUUAUUUUAGGCUUCACYUCCUGCAGCAGCUUUUAGUUUCCUCUUUAAUCAGCRGGUCGUUAACCAAUCAGGAGUGUCGGAGGAGGAGUCAGUGAAUGUAACAUGAGUUUAUAGGUGUGUUGUAGUAUUAUGGGAUGUUUCGUACAGAUGGGUUUUAUAUAUUCUCAGYGUGAAACAAACGUCUCCUCAGGUUUUAUUUUCCUCAUUUUAAUCAUAAAACUGUUUGAGGGGCGGGGUUUCAGUUUUCUGACCAAUCAGCUCUCUGGCUUUGUACAAACUGCUUUAAAUUAUUUGUUCAAAACUGAGUGAAUAAAUUUUAAUAAGAAAUGA